GAGUCAGAGUGAAGUGAAGCUCGGGAGCGAGGCCGGGCCAGGCCGACGCAGAACCCAGGGCAAGUCUGAGCUGGAUGUCCACAGGCCAUAGAGCUGGGCGUGACCCGCCAUGAACUGAGGACUCACAGCCAGCACCUCUCAGCCCGCGGCUUUUGGGAUGUCCCAUGCUCCCACCUUCCUGAUGUACAAGCGCACAUGGCCAUGCCUGGAUCUGAGCCAAGUGGAAGACGCCCUUUGACCCCCACAACACUGUCAAGGCAAGAUUCUACCUGAGCAGGAGGAAGUGGGUGAAGGUGCCCAUGAUGAGCAUCGAGGACCUGGACGUGCCCUACUUCCGGGACGAGGAGCUGUCCUGUGAGGUCGCAGAGCUGAUGUACACGGGCAACGCCAGCGCGCUCCUCGUCCUCCCUGACCUGGGCAAGAUGAAGCAGGUGGAAGCCAAGCUGCUCCCGGAGACGCUGAGGAGGUGGAGAGACUCGCUGCAGACCAGAUAUGUAGAUAGCCUCCAGCUGCCGAAGUUUUCCAUCUCGGGUGACUAUAAUCUGGAAAACAUCCUUCCCCGGCUGGGCAUUAAGGCCGUCUUCACCAAGAAGGCCGACCUGUCGGGGAUCUCAGGGGCCAAGAACCUCGUGCUCUCCCAGGUGGUCCACAAGGCCGCACUGGAUGUAGCUGAGGUGGGCACGGAAGCAGCUGCUGCCACAGGAAUCAAGAUUAUACCCAUGUCUGGAAGAAUGGGCCCGAUGUUCACUCUGAAAUUCAACCAUCCCUUUCUGGUGAUCAUCCAAGACAAGGCAUCGCAAGGCAUCCUCUUUAUGGCCAAAGUCACAGAGUUGAAGGAAGCCUAGAGCUCCCCUCCAAGCAGCGCGGGUCCGCUAAGGAGCCGGGAACAGAAGCCGGGCGCUGGGUGUCUGGGCACAGCCUGGCUCUGUCUGCUCAUUCUUGGGAAGGUGCCAGUGACGGCCCGUGUGGCUCCCACAGGCAUGGGGGCUCCUGACAGUAAUAAACCAUCUUCCCUGUACUGGA